GAAUAAUAUGCUUGUUAAGAUAAAAAAGCAGCGCUCGAGACCUCACCAACGUUUGAUGUUACGGGUUCUCAAUAUUCUGAUAUCAUUCUUUUCAUAUUUUAGGUAUUUGUACAUAUUUGCUUACAUCUGAAGAUUUGUUAAUUAGCUCAAUUUACCCGAUAUCUGAAUCGAUUAAUUUUAUAGCAGAAUGAAUAUUGGAGGAGUUCAAAUAUACGUCAUUAAGAUCUUUAGACGUGGCUUCGCUGUUAUUUCUAACAAGCCUUACAAAGUUUCUAUCUUUGAUUCAUGGAACACAUGUAAACAUAUUGACGGAAAUCAGCCAGAUUUUCGUAAUGUCCCAACAGUGUCCGCUAUACUAAGUAAAACAGCACCCUUGGAAAGUACAAUUGCACUCCGAAAAUGGCAGGAUAAAAAGAAAAAUGAACUUGGCGAAGAUGGGUUUCAGGAGUACAUGAGAGAACUUCAGCUUUUAGGAAAAAGUGUUCAUUCCAGUGUAGAAGCACGACUUAUAAAGGGCAAGUUUCCUUCUAAUCUACCUGAAAAUGUUUCCAAAUAUUGCGAAAGUCUAAAAUAUAUCUUGGAUGAUUUAAAGUCUUCUGCAGUAGAAACUAACUGCUUCCAUCCUCAGCUUUUGUAUCGCGGGAGGUUUGAUAGUAUAGUGUUUUCAAAAGAUAUAAACGAACCUAUUUUGACUGAAUGGAAAACAGUACACGAAUCCAAAAGAAUAUUGACUAUUGAGCAGGCUUAUGAUAGUCCAUUACAAGUUGCCGCGUAUAUUGGAGCUUAUAACUUUACUCGUUAUCCUGAAUCUUUGCCUGUCAAAAAAGGAAUGCUGGUGUAUUCUUAUGGUGAUGGUUAUCCAGCUGCUCGGUUUGUUUUAAACGAAACUAACUUGUUACAUUACUGGGAGUUGUGGUGUGAACGUGUUCAAGCUUAUUAUGAUCAGAUUCAUUUUGAUUAUUCAACUGAUUAUCAAUUAUUUGUGAUGAUGUCAUAUUUUCUCGCAUGAUUAUUACCUCUUUUUUAUCAUCAUUCUCCAAUUGAUUUAAUUUAUUUUGUUGUUUAUCAAUUGAAUUCAUGUGUUUAUUAUUCAUAGUUAAAACAGUUGUUAUUGUAGUCUUAUCUUGUGAACUGUUAUAAUCAUUUACUGUUAUUGGACUAGGUGAACAACAAGGCGAUGAACAUGUAGUAGAAUAAUACGAAUUAAAUGUUACAUUAUGCAUAAAAAUAUUUGGUGUAGAUGGUUCACUUUUUAUAUGUGAUAUACAUUGACUAUUAUUAUUAGUAUUAUUAUUAUCAUUGUUAU